CUGUGCCGGCGAUCGGGUGAAAAUGUGCUCAUACGGUCGGUUUUAUAGUGUAGUGCGUUUGGUAGUCGUUCUACUGUACAUCACUUCGAUCUAUGCUGACGAAAGUGAUCACUUUGCUAUUAUACCAUCGACGGCAUAUUCGAAUCAGACAAUUGAGGUGUUGCUGGUGAAUGCUGAUUUCCAGCAAGAGUGUAAUAUAAUCAUCAGGAAAAGUGGAAACAUAAAUGAAGAGCAGAUAACGAGCACCGUCGCAAAAGGAAAUUACAAGCGCUCCAAUAUUCCUUUGGUCUGGUAUGAGAACGCCAACCACAGCAUGGAGUUGGAGUUCCUAUUCUCGAAUGAGUUCUACGGAGUCCCUGCGGUAAUUCAACUGCGUUAUCAACCGAAGGUGCUGAUACAGAUGAGCCAACGAGUGUACAGGCCGGGUGAUUUCGUAAAAUACCGGAUCCUUCUGACCGAUCCGCAAUACAAGCCGAUGCCGGCCGGUGCUCGCUUUUUUGAUGCGACCAUUUCUUUAGACGACGGACUCUUUAAAAUUCUUUCUCGGAGCGUUAAGCUAGACGCAGAAGAAAUACAUUUCGGUGAAUAUCUUCUGGGCCAUCAACUGGAGUUGGGACAAUGGACAUUUGGUGUAAAGAUCGGAGAACAAACAACGGAAACUUAUUUCCAGGUGGUACAGGACAACGAACCUAUCCAUGAAAUAAGCAUCUCCACCAAAGACAUUAUCAUGGUUAGCGAUAGUGAAGUGUUGCUCAACGUUUCAGCCCGGUACACGUUUGGCGAGCCCCUAAAGGGAAGGCUUCAGCUAGAACUGUCCGGUGAUCGUGCACCGUACAAGCAAGAAGUGUCUAUUGACGGUAGCACGCAAGUCGCGAUUCCCGUUGACCAACUCGUUGAUGUCUCGGAUAGGAGUAAGAAUGCGCGAGACGUAAUCGUGAAGGCAAUUAUUAUCACGACAAAUCAGUUAACCGAACGCUUCCAUCAGUACGACUCCGUGAUAACAAUCUACAAUACUCCAUACAAUUUGUCGCUGCACAAGUUAGUUAGUUUUGAGAAUGGCAAUAAUGUAACGUUCCUUGUGAAGUUAACCAAACCCAACGGGAAGCCGCUGUCGGUAACCGCACCAGAAGUGUCCCUGACCGCUGCCUCUGAAGAAACUGGCCCGAUUAGUUCAUUUAAAGCACCAAUAGAUCAACUGGGAACUGCAGUUGUCUCUGUUAAGCUGCCAGACGAAGCUCAGACGCUUACAUUCACUGCAACAUACGGAGAUGCAACAGCCACACUCACCGUAGAAGAGAACUCAUCCAACCCUGAUCUUCAUGCCAGAUUGAUUCUGAAUGGGGAUCGUAAGGAACUAUCCGUCACUUCAUCGGCUGCUGUGAACGAUAUUGUAGUAAUGCAAAGUUUUAGGAGUCGAAAUAGAAUAACGUUGCACAGAAACGAAAUUCCAACGACUCAUCACCAUAUCUCGGACGACAGGCUUUCCAUAAAUUCUGCUGUCGAUCGGAUUCAUGUUUUUGCCAUGAACAGCGGCACCGUUGUGUAUACUUCCGUCUCGUUGGCCAAUGCUCUGCCACAAGUACAAGAGUUACAAUUUGAGCUGCAGUCGCUGCAUGAAAACAAUUAUAAUUUAACUGUUGCUGCCAAUCCCAAUGAACGAGUAGGGAUAGCAGUUUAUGAGGGUUCAUUAGAUGAGAACCUGAUAAAGAAAGAUAUCGAGCUUAUGUUUAGCUGUCCAGCAGAUCCUCAGGACGAUUACAUAUCGGUUGUGUCAUAUGAUGUGUACAAGGUGGCAACUCAAUCGAUCGACUAUCAUGCACCCUCUACUAGUAAAUUGGCGCCAUUGCUAUUCUGGAAUGCAACAAGAAAUAGUUCAAGUUUUACAUUCAACAUCCCAUUGCAUAUCAAAUCCUGGACAGUAACUGCAUUUGCCUAUAGCGAACAGAGGGGGCUACGCAUCGCCAUACCGGAGACUAGGCGGCGUGAAAGUCCAGUUGAAAUUCAUAUUCAUGUGCCCUACUCAGUGACCGGAUUACAAACGGUGCACGUCGAUGUUUACAUCGUGAACAAGCGUAACCAUUCGGGUGUGAUGCUGCUCCAGCUGCAGAACUCUGCUAAUGAAUUCAUUUUCGUCAACAACUCCGGACACAUGGAUGCUGAAUCUAAAACUGUGUAUGGUACACUCAAACCCUAUGAAGUACAACGUGCCGAAUUUGUAAUAAGACCCAAAAAACUGGGUACUAUUAAGGUUACUGCAUGCGCCGAACUCAUAUACCCGUCCCCCGCAUACUCCUAUGCUACAACCCUACUGCGAGUAGAGCCAGAGAGUAAACUGGUUUCUGGUAUAAUACCACGCCCGGUCAGCAUCCAUAACGGCCAAAUUAAGUUUACAAAAAUUCCGAUAGAUAUUCUUCCUUCAGCAGAACCUGGCUCUGUAAAAGUGUCGGUAAAGUUAAGCCAAAAUCUACGCAAAACUCCCAAUUUGGGCAAAAAUAUGCUACUGGAUACACUGACGGAAUCACUUGAUCCUUAUACCAAGGCCAUGAGAGCUUCCUUAGUGCAUGAAGUGAUUAUCAAAAGUAGAAUGAACUGGCCAGAGAAAAUGGCGAUUGCAAGAGAGAUUGUCGAGGCUUCGAUAAAAAAUAUUGAGACUCAAGCCAAUGCAGAUGGAUCGUUUAACAUUGCCACUGAUCGCACUACUAUCUCCACGUGCCGUGAUACACUAACAGCCGUGCAAGCAUUGAUCUUUGCGAAGAAAGCGAAAUAUACCCCUGCACAGGGGCCAGUACUAGAGAAAGCAUUGGGUUGGCUCAAACUGAAGCAAUCAGAAAAAGGAUCGUUCUGCGAAACUACUGAUAACGAUGAAGUCCUUUCGAUCGAAAUAACAGCUCACGCUCUCCUCUUGUUCCUUAAAUUGGACACUAUUUCAUGGAAGUACGAAUCAGUUAUGAAAAGUGCCACGAACUUCUUAAUAUCUACGUCGCACAAACUCUCCGAUUCGUACCAUUUAGCAUUGGUUGGAUAUGCUUUACAGUUGGCUAAAAACAGAAAAAUUGAUACGCCAAAUGAACACAAAAGAGAUUCAGUUUUGUCAGACUUGGGGCAGAAAUUAACGGAAACAAAAUACCAAAACCCUUCAAACACAGAGCACUGGUGGAAUUCGAAAAUCAGUACGGAUUUGGAAGCAUCAGCAUACGCCUUGUUGCUGUGGAUUGAAAAAGGAAAUCUCGUGGAUAGUGAAAUGAUCUGUAACUGGCUCAGUCAGCAGCCUUAUCGUUCCGGUGCUACUUCCAGUCCGUCGCCCAACUCACGCAUCGCUUUGCGAGCGCUGAUUGCUUAUGCCGACAAAACGAUUUUUCAACAGCAUACGUUCAAGUGGAGAUUGGAAGCGUUAGAUUCGGGUAGCACAACUCUCAGCCAAAUGUCUUUUGAUCAUAAGGACGAUACUAAGCAAACCAUUCAAUUAUCGCCAAAGACAAGAUAUGUGAAUAUCGCCGUUAAAGGAACUUUAACAGGGAAAUUUAAUAUUAACUACAGCUACAUCAUCCCAAGUGUUCACCGCGAACAAAAGUUUAGCAUUAAAGUUACCAAAUUUGCCAGCGAUACAGAAAACUAUGAGGAUUGGCAGGUUUGCUUGGCUUUCAACCCAUCAGGAGCCAGUGAGAGGACUAACAUGGUAAAAUGUGAAAUAUCCUUCCCAACCGGAUACAUUGCAGAUGAAGAAUCUGUUGACCUGCUGCGGAAGCAUUAUCAAUACGUCACGAAUGCGAUGAAGAAUGAUGACACAGUUUUGGUGAUUGUCUUCGAAACAAUUUCAAUACAACAAGAGUGUUUCAAUGUUACAGGAUUCCGCCAAACCAAAACUACACGGCAGCUUCCAGGCACGAUCAAAGUUUAUGACCUCACUGAUCCCGAUAAACUCGGAUUCCAAAGCUUCGAUACUGUUCAGUGAAAAAGGAAUGGUUCUAACAUUACAACACGAUGGAAUAGAAUAUUACAAUAAACGUUCACAGAACCGCUGA